GGAAGUAUGACUGUACGUCUGUACCGCGUAUGAGUGUGCGAGUACCAUGACUAAUAUUUUGUGAAUUGUGAAUUAUAUUACACAGUGAUAGUGUGUGCUCGCUGCUAGUAUCAGUGCGUAUACGGUGUUGCAGUCUGGUCGCGGAGAACAUUUGUGAUAACCAGAUCGAUCGCCGCCGUUCGACAAUAUCAUUUUAAUCUUCGGUCGGAAACACAAUCAAAUCGAUCGCGAUGCCAGUGUCGUUUCAAAUGACGUUGUGAAUCUGUUUACACCACCGCGAUCGUAAGAAAAAAUAUAAAAUAAACCACGAAACAAACGCGGCGCGGGCUAAAACCGUAGACAUUUUAUCGCCUUUUGUGCACACGGGAAAUACGCGGACGUAACCUUGGCGCCACUGUAGCGGUUCUAACUCUCACACACACAUGAUAAACAGGGCGUGUGUGCGUAAAUGUGAAUGCGAUUGUUGUGCGAGUGUGCGUAAUCAUCGUUUCAUUGUGCGCCGUAGUAAGUCAUGUAUAUUGUAUGUGUUUUCAAUAAUAGCGAAAAAAAGAUUUACUGAUUUUUUCCUAUCCGUGUUUUUGUUACUUAGUUUUGAUUUUUUUUUUUCGUUCUACACCGUUUCUAGUGAUCCGUUUUUUUUUUUAUUUUCCAUAGGAAACACAGUGUUUGUUAUUUUAGGUAGCCGAAAUAUGUCAAAUAUUGUCGAUAACCGAUCAUAGCGAUCCGUACGCGCAAUCGCUCGUUGGUCGUUCGACGAUGCGCGAAUUCAAAGUGGUCGUGCUGGGCUCGGGUGGCGUGGGCAAGAGUGCCCUGACUGUGCAAUUUGUGUCCGGCAGAUUCAUGGAGAAGUACGACCCAACAAUAGAAGAUUUCUACAGGAAAGAGAUCGAAGUCGACAGUUCGCCGUGCGUACUCGAAAUACUGGACACUGCCGGCACCGAACAGUUCGCUAGCAUGCGUGACUUGUACAUAAAAAAUGGACAGGGUUUUGUCGUUGUGUACAGCUUGACCAACCACCAGACCUUCCAAGACAUAAAACCUAUGAAGGAACUUAUCACUAGGGUGAAAGGGUCGGAAAGGGUGCCUAUUCUACUGGUAGCCAAUAAAAUCGAUCUGGAACAUCAGCGUGAAGUUCCUACGAUUGAGGGUAACACUUUAGCUCAGAUUUGGGGUUGUCCGUUCGUCGAGGCCAGCGCCAAGAACCGUACCAAUGUAAAUGAAGUAUUUGCAGAAAUUGUGCGUGAAAUGAAUUUUAGCAAUGACAAGGAAAAGAAAAGUUAUUGUUGUUGUACAGUUCUAUAAGCCAUACCUAUAAUUUAGAAUUUUGUUUUUGUGUGCAUCAAUGUCAAAUGCUGCUGGUGAUUUCAAUUUAUCAGGUAAGCAAUGUAUUCGAUUACAUGAUAAUAUUAUAUCUAAUAGACAUUGUCUAUAAUGUAGAUAUGUUGUUUUAAUUCAAUUGUUAUGAACUUGGUUAGAUAUGUGUCAUGGUAGAAACUUAUAUCACACACCUAGGUAAAGAAUUCAAUCUUUUGUUUGUCUUGUAUUAUCUUAAUCAUAAUAGGAAAAUUAAUUGUGUAAUAGUUUAGCAGGUUUUGACAUUAUAAAAAUUUGAAUUUACAAUAACCCAUUAUAAUAUGUACCUAGAAUCUUUAUAGGUAUCUAAUAUAUUUACAUAUAUUUUAUAGACCCAAAGCCCAUUACAAAAUCAAACAAUUUUAAUUUAGCUAUUCACAAGGGUAUCCAUUUAAAGAAGAAAAUGUAAUUUGUUUAAUAGGUAUCUAUUUAUAUUGAUGACUCAACAUUACCUUAAAUAGGUACAUUUAAUUGACUUGUUUUAACAUAUUUUUUAUUAGGUAUCCAUAUUAUUUUAAUUUAGAUACCAUGGACAGAUGAGUUAGGUACCUAUUUAAAAUAAAACUGAUAAAUUAUUUAGGAAAUCGAAUAAAUUACACAAAGUCAUAACGAUUUCUUUCUACCUUGGUGGAUUAAAAAGUAAUGUAGGUUUUUUACUAUUGCUGGUCAAAGUUGGAUAUAGAAUUAAUUUGAGUUUAUUAUGUGUAGCCAUCUCAUAUAGUACCUAUUGAUGAAAUUCUGGACAAAAUAGAAGAAUAGGUACAUACUCGGGUACUCACGUUUAAAACAAAAUUUGUUAAAAUUCAACAUAAUUUUUAAAUUUUCACUUACUCAUUAUGAUUCAAUUUUUAUCAAUCAAGUUUUUCUUUCGGCGCUGACAUUUUUUAAACCUAACUUGAAAAAAUAAAACUUAACUUCAUAACAUUUAUUUCAGUUCAGCCACAGAAUACUGUAGAUAUGUAUUAUAAGUAAAAAUGUUUCUCUCUAGGUAUGAUAAAAACAUUUAAAUCUUGCUACAAAAGUAAAACUACUUACCUAAUAAAAUUAUAUAAUGUUUUCCACCAACUAGCAACAUUGCACUUGUGUACACUAAUGACUAAAACGUGUUCUAUGUCUUUUUUGUUUGCCUUGCCUAUUAAAUGUGAGUAAAUUAAUAACUAACUAAAUAAUUAAACAGAUUUGAUCGGCCUUAGUAAGAGGGUAGAUAAGCAAAAAAAAAAACAUCACUGCUAUAAUUUUAGUAAUGCCUCCCCCCAGAAAAUCUGUUUGGAUUAACACUGGUCCAGUUUUUCAUGUUCCAUCUCAGUUAGAACAGUUGAGAAACAAGCAGCUCUAAAAUGGUACAUUACUGUUAUUUUUUUGUCAUCAAUAUUUUUAGGGGUACAACCGCUAUCAACUCGAUUUUCAAAUGAGGACUUAUAUUAAACAAUUCUAUUAAUAAAUGAUAUUUUAGUAGUUCAAAUCAAUUUCGGUGGUGAUGUUUAUAAUUUUCGUCGAGAUUUUCGACUACCCGUUGAAGAGUUAUUAAUUUAAGGAUAUUGGAAGCGAGGAGUUUCUGUCUUUGUUUUACACUCUUGAAAUAUAGGGAUUUAGACGUGUUUUAAUUCCAACGUACCGAUUGAUCUAGUGAAGCGAUUAGAAUUCCGGAAACAGAAAAAAUUUGUCGUGAAGUCCACUCGAGAUCGACUUUUCCACUUUUUAAAUUUAUCUCUUGAAAUUCCAAAAAAAAACCAUACUAAUAAAAGAGUAAUUAAAAAAAUAGAAUGUUUUAAUUUUUUGAGAAAUUAAAAUCAAAAAUUAAAAAAGUGGGAAAGUCGAUCUCAAGUAGACUUUACGAAAAAUUUAAAUCUGUUUCCAGAAUUCUAAUCGCUUCACUAGAUCAAUCGGUACGUUGGAAUUAAACCACGUCUAAAUCCCUAUAUCUUACGUAUGUAAGACAAAAACAGAAACUUGUCGCUUCCAAUCCCCUUAAGAGAAAUAAAUAAAUAAAUUUCCACAUUUUUAAGUUUGAGAAAUAGGAAAGUAGUGGGGCACUAUUCGAAUACUUCGUACCAUGCCACUACACAAACGAUGUUUUACUACUCUUCUUCUACUCAAAAUUAAAAGUGGAAUAUCUUAUCAUCAGUCUCGGUGCUUGUUUCAAAAUUGUUCUAAAAAAUAAAACCGAAUUCCAAAAUAGUCAAUACUUUUCGAACUAUCCCUGAAAAUAUUUAGUGUCAGUGACGUAGUCUAGAUUUAUCAAGGGGUGAUGUAAGGUGUUUAGUAGUUUAAACUUUAUAAUCUUCUUAAACUUAGGUAAAAAAAAAAGUAAUGAAGGGUUACAACACCUAAAACCACCCCUAUCACUGGCUACGCCACUGUUUAGUGUAGACACUUAAAUGGAUUAUCUCGUGUUAUAAAAAAAAGAUAUACUUCGCACAAUGGGUGAGCCACUGUUGUAGUUGAGAAGUUGGAGAUGUAGGUUAUAGAGGGUAAUUUAAUGUAUAUUUGUAUGUAACGAUUAAUCAUUACUAACGAAAAACGAUUCUGAGCAGAGUUUGGUUAUACAUAUUUUGAAAGGCCGUAAUAUUUAUGAUUUUCGUCAAAAUCUGUAACUGAAAUUAAUAUUAAAAAUAAAUUCUACAUUACUAAAUUUUUUUUUUUACCACAAAGUAUUACUUAUAAUGAACAUUAUGUUAAAUUUUCAAGUAUUUCUGUUCGGUCUAACAAUUUUAUCCACCGAGUACAGAUAUAAUUGUACUGCCUAAUUUCAAGUCUAUGAGCAUUUUAAAUUGAAUCUUCAUAUAAAAUCAAAUUGAAAAUUUUGUAAAUUUUCCCGUUUUUUUUUUUUUUUGACGUAUUUUCUCAAUUACUAUGAAAACUGCUCAGAAAAAAUUUAGGCACUUGCUUAAAGUACCUAUUAGAUAAAACUCCCUUUCAGAAAAGAUGUUAUGCUAGAAAAUCUGAACAAAAUUUCUGAUAGAGAAGUUGUUCACAGGAAAAAAAAACAACAAAUAAUUAAAUAUUGUAAAACCAAUAAAUUCCUCGCUCCGCUCUUCAGAAUCUAAAAAGUAUGCCAAACUGAAUUGAUCUUGGAAUUAUUAUCGUCAGACUAUGACGAUGCAAUAUAUUAUUUCCUUUCGAAUAAAAUGGUCAUAGGUACCUGGAUAGGAAAGGAACGAUGAAAUAAAUAUUUAAACUACUUGAAUACCUACCUAAAUAUAUUAUAUGCUUUAUAAAUCAUAAUUUAUAGGUAUAAUUCAAAUAAAUUAUGGUUCAAGAAUAAUUUUAGUAUAAUGAGGUCAACUAGUUACUACUAUCUAUUAAUAGAGAACAAUUUUUAUUAAAUGAAUCCAAGUAUAUUAGAUAUAUUCAAUAUAAUAAUAAUAUAUUUUCUCUGAUAUUUUCAAAUAUUUAGAAAACAAUUUGAAAUUUCUUAAUCAACUGUAUUGUCAUAAAAAAAUCUGAACAUCAAAACUUUUAUUUAUAAUAAUAUUUCGAUUUUGAUUAAAAUAUGUUGUUUAAUGUGUCCCUCGCCAGCUCGUUUUUGGCUCAUAGAUUGAUCCGUUUUUGACUAAUUUUUUUUUUUUUUUGGUGAGAUAAAAGAUUUCCUUCUGGUGCAUUCAACUCCAAUUUUUGAAUAUUUUUAUCUCUAACUUCGUAGUCUAGAAGAACAGUGUAGUAGAACAACUAGCUAAAUUGUUAUGCUUAUUUUCGCGAAGUCAUUUUCGUUGGGAAAAUUAGACCGGGCCUCCUUUCCCCCUAAAUGGUUACCAUUCGGGAAUUAGAUAAGUGGAAAAAUCUUAUCAUUAAGAUGUUUAUAACAAUUUUCAAACUAUCGCAGAAUUAUUGGAAUACAUAUUUUGGAAAACCGAUACCGGGCCUAAGACACGGUCUUUCCCGGCGUUAUUAUUGACAUUCAACGGAAUCGUAUCGAGUUUGGGAUAUUAGGUUAUGGUAUGUUUGCACGUUGAUACGAUUUCUGCAUUAUAUUAAUGUGCAAGUAGAGAGCAAUAUCGAAUGAAUAUACGUUAUACCCAGGCAGUGUUUUGAAUAAUAUUAAUACUUGUAGCGAAGUUAAAUUUAAAACGAAUUCCGUAUAGCGUUCACGCCCGGGUCGGGUACGUGGCCAAUUGUUAUUUUUCGUCCGAUUGGCCUUUUUUCGUAUUAGCAUAUUAUUAUUAUACCUACCUAAACCUAACAUAGGUACGUACGUUUUUACCGCGGUGCUACACAGUAUUAAUUUACGCACGGGCGGCCGUGUACAAUGCCGCCGGCCGCCGUUUGUUGGAACGUAUUUACGCAAUCGUCAUUCGUCGUGGCGACUGCUAAUGUUUUAAACAGCGCCUAAUGGCACUAAACGAUCAAACCGUAAUGUUCCGAGCGACUCGAGUCGACGGUCAAUAAUAAUACGAAUAUUGUUCCCGGCCGUGUCCACUAUAAUACGAUAUGGUAAAACGCCAUAGUCUUACGUUUAUGAAAAUCUGGUACGCAUAAGUACCUAGUCGAUUUUAAUAACAUUCGCCGGCGUUUCGAUAACGACGGCAAUAAAAUAUUACAGUAAUAAUAAUUAUCGAGUCGAUAAUUAUUAUUAUUAUUAUUAUUAUUGUCAUUGAUAUUAAUAUAAUGAGAACGUCGACGACGUUCGAGAAACGUUUGCUCGUAUAAAAAUAAUAAUUUGGAGACGACGGUUGUUGUGUUUAAUUAAAAAAUGCCCGUCGACCUAAUUCUUUUAUUAUUUUAUCCGAACGACGAUUAUUUUAAAUUAUAAUAAAUUCAGCUAACCUUUGCGCGGUUAUCGGACUUGCUAUACAGUUCUGUCGUGCACGGUUUCGUCAAGCGUUCGUAACACGUCGUCUUCGGAAUUCUUUUUAGGGUAUGACGAACGGGGAGAUAUUUCGCCCAUCUGUUUAGAUAUCAUUUUGUAUAUAUUUCGAUUCAUUGUUAUUAUUAUUACCGCCGCUUGUCGGUAGAGAUUACCAGGCAGUGUUUACGACAAAAAAUAAAAAAACCCGCGAGUAGUUUGCUUUUUAGAGGGUUUCUUUAUCUAGUGCACACGUUAUUAUUAUUAUUUUUUUUGUUUAUAAUAUAAUAUCUUAUAUCAUUGUUUGAUACUGUAUUGUGUUGUUAUAUUUGUCUAUUAUUGGUGCCCCGGCUUUAGUUUACAUUACGAAAACAGGAUGUGUGUUCCGUGAAACGAUUUUGAUAGAAUAUAUGUGUAUAUAUUUUUUUUAUUUUUUUUUUUUUAUUAUGGUCAGAAUAUUAUUAUUAUUAUUUAAAAUGUGAUUAAUUCGUCCUUAUCUACAUAUUUUACACUGUAUUGCUAACGUUCUACUCGUUUUGCGUACGUGAUGAUAAUAAAUACUUGCGACACGACUUUAUACGGGAGAUUACGGUAACCGCGCGCGACUGCCGCCGCAGCGGCAGCAAGCUGUGUAGUUGCGUUGCAUUUGUCGUCAUUCGCAUUUUAUUAAUGAUAAUAAUAAUGAUUGCAUUUUAGAAGAUAACACCUUAUGUACCAUCCGAUGGAAAGGUUCUUAACGUUAUUCCGACGAUGUUUGUUUUUGUUUUUGUUUUUCCCUGUUGCCGGGUCAGAGGCAUUAUAAUAUUGUAAUAUCGGUAAAACUCGUUUUGCCCCGGUGUGUUAUUCGAGAAUAAUAUUAUUAGUAUAUUAUUAUACAAGCCUUUCACCGUGUUAUCGCGUUUUACGCGCAUUACGCAGCCACAGUGUGUAGGUAUCGUGUUUUCACUUGAAAAACUGUAAAUUAUAAUAAUAAUAUCCGUCUAGCGCUGCCGCACGUGUGUGGGAGGCCCGGGCUUCCGAUUGUUUACGAGAUAUUUACGGCGUUCGACGACUGCUGCGGCAAGGGUCGAGAGACCUUUUCGGUUUUUUCUCUUCUCGUCGGCGCACGCGAUAAAAUCCGUAUAAUAAGUUCUAAUAAUAAACACCGAGACUCCCGUUGAGUUAGAAACGAGGUACCUAAUGUCGCGUGUACGCGGACUGCUAAUGACCACGAUAAGACGCAUAUCGGGUACGUUUUUAAGACUAGAAUACUAGGUAUACUCAUUGAGUGACGCGUUCACGACAAUAAAAGCAACGGCGGCCUUGUAUUUAAUUGUUCUGGUUUCGUUUCUCCGGACGCGGGACACAAACCAAGAGACGCGCAACAAAAUAAUAUUAAUGACUGACAACAAUGAGUGUUAUCCCUUUCGAUUUCGGAUUCGAAUAAAAUCCGAUUUUAUCAACUACAAACCGUACCGAGUAUCCGGCACGGUUAUUGAUGAAUGUAUAGACCCUACGGUGUUUCACCACGAAAGAUACAAAAUAUUCCCAAUCCCGGUUGAUGGUACUAAAUUGGCCAUCAACAACCGCCAUGUAACCUAAUCGUAUAGAAUUCGUAUUGAUCGUAAUUAAAUCUUAACGGAUAUUAUGGUAUUUUUGAAUAAUGUUAACGUAAUUUAUUUUUUUUUUUUUUUGUAUAUAAUAUACACAAUUUGUAUAUAGUACACAUACUCGUUCCCCUGUGUUUUCGUGAUUUUUUUUUUUUUUCUUUGGCACGUUCAGGUGUGUUGUCAUAAGUACAGCGGGUUUAUUUUUAUAAAGUUAGUAGGUAACCGUUUGUUUUUUCGUACACGUCAGAAUUUUAAAUGGUUUUCCGAAGAAAAUAACGUAGCUUAACUACCUAAUUAACUUAAUUUUUUUUUCUACAAAAUUAUUAUGGAUAUAAUUAUAUUAAUUAUUAUAUUAUAUUAUUAUAAUUGUAUUGGAUAUUGUAGUUUGAUACUAAAGGUAUUUGCAUUGUCUAUUCAGAAGGUCGUUAAUUUAAAAUAUUUAUCGGUUUUUUAUUGACAUUAAUUUUGAAUAUUGGAUAAUAAAACAAAUUUAAAACAGUCUCGGCACAGGGUCGUUAUAUCGUCGAACCCAUAUAAGGGUUAGGUUGGCUGGUUAAAUAUAGUUAUCUGUUCGUGUAAUUAAUACCCGUCCACGAUUAUUUAAUUUGAUGGUUGCAUUUUAUAUUGACGGCGGCUCUUUGGGUGUGGGCCCUAAUAAUAAUAGUACAUUGUAACCAAAAUACCUAAUACCCAAUAACCUAUAUAAUAAUGCAUAAUUUUAUUACACUGAUGGAGAGGUACUCGUUUUUCAAACGGAAUAAUUGGUUUUGAAUGCCUCCGGGUCGCGCCCGGAAGACCGCCCCGAAAAACACAUUGUCUGCUAGUUAGAAAAAAAAUAAUAUAUCUAAUGUAUACACUAUGUUUAACUAGCGUGUACUAUAUAGCUUGUAAUAAUAAUAAUCUAAUAUAAAAUACACGUAUGUGUGUAUCGUAUAUAUCUUAUUUAUUAUCAAACACAUCGUGUAGGGCGCGCGCAACUAAGGUGUGUGUGACAAUUCGCGGAGCAUAGUGGGAGGCUAGAGGGUCCCAUAAAUAGAACAUGACCACUGCUGAAGAUUAAAUUAGGCCCGUCCCUCUGUUAAACAGUGCGAAACCCGAUUCUCGUGAUUGAUACGCCGGACUGGCCCAUAAAGUUUUUGAACCGCGGCACGAACCUAAUGCAGUUGGAGUAAUUUAUUAAUUUGAAAUACUCAUAAAAUCGUAAAUAUAAGGAAAAACAAAUAGAAUAUUAUUAUUGACUUUUAGUUUUUAAAAGAAAACAAUUUUCGUCAAAUUUUACAAAAAAUAAUUAUUAUCAAAGGCUAGUGGUAUCGGUAUGUCCUACAUUUCCUGUUAGGUACAAGCAUCACAGUUUGGUAUAAUAUUAUUUUAAUUGUGGAUUCAGACCAAAUUAUUUAGUUUGUACAAUCAUUAUCAAUAAUUAUAUGACACACAUUUAUGUCAUAUUUAAUCAUUAUAAUUGUGUAUGGGAAGAAAAAAAUCAACCGUUAUAAGUAUUAGGUUAUGUGAACAAUAACAUUGUAUAUUGUAAGUAUGUAGCUGCGUUUAACAAAUAUUUUUACAUUUCCCGACAAAUUAUUAUGAAAAAAGUAACUAACCAUGUAAGUUUUUUCAAGAAUGUUUUAUAAUUAUACAAGAUGUUCCGCGGAAAUAUACUCAAUGUAAUAUCUCUGGAAAUAAUAAAGAUAGUCAAAUUUUAUUUUAUUUUUUUAUGUUUUAAUAAAAAAAAAAAUACAUAUGUCUGCAAGGCUGGAAAGUUUUGUAACACUGUGUGACAUAAGUAUUUCUAGUGAAAAUAAAUAAAUAUAAUAAUAAGAGGUACAUUAUUUUACAUUUAAAAAAAUAUCUACAUGUUGGAAUUAAUAUUAUUUGGGAUUACCAUCUAUAAGUAAAAGUAUGAUGAGUAAUAUGAAUUUAAUAUAAAAUUAAAAAAAAUAAUCUUAGUCACCUCCAAAAUUGGAGAUUCACAUAAAUAUUUAGUUUAUAGUAGUAAUUAUAAUCUAUGUAUUUAAUCAAUAAUGUUAAUUACUGACAAAUAAUUAUUUUCUGCUUAACAUCAUUGCUCUAAUAUAUUCUGUAAAAGUAGUAACAUUUCAUAAAAUUGGUAUUUUAUAUUAAAUACCUAUUAAUAUUUUAAUAAAAAUAUAUUUGAUUUUUAUUUAUUUGAUGAACUCUUUAAUUAUUUAUACACAAAAUAGUUAAACCAAAUUAAUUAAUAUAUAAUUGAUAUAAUGAUUUUUAAAAACAUGAACAUUUUAAUGUAUGAAUAGUUAACUGUUUUAUUGGUGUAUUUUAAUUUACCCAUGACAAUAUUCUAUCAAUACAUUACUAAUACAUUAAAACUUUGUCUAUGAACCUCAUUUAAAACUACAAAACUCAACAAAACGAUUAGGUAUGAUGACCAUUAUACCUUUUAAUAGCAUAAGUAUUUUUUCUUGUGGGCUGUUAAACAAAUUUUAUGUAUUGAAUAUAUAUAUUCAUUCAUAUUUGAUGAAAUGUUUAUUAAAAUGUUUAUUUUUUGCUUCCAGAAAUUCGUCAAAAUUCAUAUUUAGUAGUAAUGGUACCAGGAACUAGUACCAUUUGUUGUUCUCACUACAAUUUACAUAUCCAGCUUUAAAAAGGGUACGUUUUCUAAAGACUGUUGAUGAUAUUGAUAAUAUACAAAAUACAAAUUAUUAACAUACUUACUAAUUUUUUUUAAUAUAUGAAUCCACCUAUCACAUGUGGCACACUACUGUGAGUGCCAUUUAAUGUUACAAUAAAAAGAUAGAAUAUUUUUUUUUAUUAUUAUUAUUUAACUAGUGUUAAAUAUUUUCUGUAUUGUAUACAUUUUUUUUUGUUAUCGAAAUGCAGGUUAUAUUGAUACACAAUUUUAAGGCAGGAAUUAAAUAAUUAUAUAGCGUGUAUUCCUGUCAUAAAAAAAAAAAAAGGAAAUAGACGGAAUAAUAAUGGCCUAACUAUUGUAUAUUGUUUUUAAAACUUAUUAUUUUGUAACACAUAUUUUUUAUACUUUUUAUACUUAAGAUAAAAAAGAUAUAAAGAAAAUAUAAUAGUCAAUGAACAAUGUUAGAUUAAGAAAUUUACGGAAUUGUAAUAUAAUAAUAUCUAUUCAGUUCGUGUAAAUAAUUUAUGGAUUGAGACAUUUUUUAAUAAUUUGUCUCAUUUUUUAUUAUAAUUAUUUUAUUAUUAUUAUUUUUUUUUUUUUUUUUUUAGUGCAUUAACAUGUGAAAUUGAUCAAGUGGUUUUGCAGAAAGCAUUAUAUACCAAUUUUUUUGCCUUUGUGAUAUUAAUUUUAUUUUAACGCCAUUAUUCCAGAACAAAAUUUAUAUAACUAUAAAUAUUUUGAUUCACUUUGUCAAUAAUGUUAUGUUAUGAAGUGAUAUCAAAAUGGUUCCAGUGCGUCUGUCUUGCUUCACAAUGCUAUAAAACAUUGUGUAAAGUCAAGUGCCAAAGAUUAAGUCACAU